AAAACUGUGAAUAUUUUGCGAUCCUCAGUGGCUCGCUGAUACUGAAGAAACAGUUUCCUCGGGAGCUUCAGAUUCAACAUCAUGGCAUCAGAGGAUUCUACACUCAAGUGCAUCCAUCUGUCAGUCAAGCCCACCUUGGUUGUGCUCAUUAUUUUCAUGCCAGCUCUGUGCAGCAGCAACCUGGUGAACUGCUCUGAGCCCAACCAGGCCUCCCUGCUGCAGGCUCUGGGUCCAGUCUUCAACCUGAGCUCCAUCCGGCCCGUCCUGAACACUUCAACCUGCACCAACGUCUUCACGUUCUUCACCCUGUACGGGAUACUCGGAGUGGAUGAAAAGGCUCAACUUUUGAAGACUUACAUUUGGCUAAAUUACUGGUGGAAGAAUGAGUUUGCUGUUUGGGACCCAGUCCAGUGUGGUGUCAGCAAGAUUUCUCUUCCCAGAAAAAAAUUCUGGGUUCCAGAUAUUGUAAUUAAUGAAUUUAUGGAUGAAAACACAGCACCACCUGUCCCCUACGUGUACCUGUACAGUGACGGUGUGGUGCGCGAUGCUCAACCUGUCAAGAUCAUCAGCUCCUGUAACCUCGACAUCUACACCUUCCCCUUCGACAUACAAAACUGCACUCUGACCUUCAACUCCUACAUCCACUAUGCAAAGGACAUAAAGAUUUUACUUGGGAGACCGGCAGACCAAAUCACACAGAGGUCCAAAGACGUGAUCACCACCAUGGGGGAAUGGCAGCUGAUGGAAAUCACCUCCAACAAAAUCCACAGCGAAGAAAUUGAAAAUGGGAUUUAUACCGACAAGCUCGCAUUUCAUAUCAAAGUGAGGCGUCGGGCCACCCUGUAUGUGGUGAACCUCCUGAUCCCCAGCUGCUUCCUCAUCACCGUGGACCUCUUCAGCUUCCUGCUGCCUCCACAGAACGUCGACCGAUCCUCCUUCAAGAUGACCCUCAUCCUGGGCUACACCGUCUUUCUGCUCAUCAUGAACGACCUGCUGCCUGCCACUGGAAACGCCAUCCCUCUCAUAAAUGUGUUCUUCUCCCUCUGCCUGGCUCUGAUGGUGGCCAGUCUACUAGAGACCAUCCUCAUCACCAAUCUGCUGUGUGGUUCUGCCGACUUCGCUCCCGUCCCUCACUGGGUCAGAGUGCUUGUUCUGCAGUUUCUGGGAGCCCUUGUUUGUCUGCCACAAAAGACUAAGAAAGCAAAAGAUUCAGACCUGAAGACCGGCACUGUGGUGGCAAAGGGCAAAGCUGAUGAGAAGCCUCCAGGAGCGGAGAACAAGGCCGUGCAGCAGCUGAGGAACCUGAGCAAAGACCUCCAGGCCAUCCGUCUCCAGGUGGAGCAGCAGCUGAACGGCCGUCCGAGCUCAGAGGAGUGGAUCCAGUGCUGCCCGCUGAAAGUCAAGCCUUCUAAGGUUCUAUUCAUCUUCGUCUCUCUGCUCAUGCAUGCUCAAUGUAAUUCUGUCAUGCUGCCCUGCUCUCAGCCUGAUACACCUUCACUAUUGGUGGCUCUUCAACCAGUCUUCAAGCUGAGGCCAAUUCGACCUGUCAUGAAUUCAUCGACAGCCACCAACGUCACCAUUGACUUCAUCAUGUUUGGUAUUUUGGGAGUGGAUGAGAAGGCCCAACUCUUGACAACAUUCAUCUGGCAAACUUUACAUUGGAAAAAUGAAUUUGCAACAUGGGAUCCAGAGGAGUGUGGUGCGCAGUGGAUUACAGUCCCACGAAAACUGCUCUGGGUCCCAGAUGUGGUCAUCAAUGAAUUCAUGGAGAAGAACUCAGCUCCAUUCGUCCCGUACAGCUACCUGUAUUCUGACGGCGUAGUGCUUGAUGCACAGCCCGUCCGAGUCGUGAGCUCCUGCAGACUCGACAUCUACUUGUUUCCAUUUGACAUUCAGAACUGCUCUUUAAGCUUCAACUCCUACUUACACGGUCGAGAGGCUAUACAGCUUGACAUUCAUACAUCUGCAGAGGAAAUAUUUCAAUACUCCAGAGAGGUCAUGACAACUAUGGGUGAAUGGGAAUUAAUUGGGAUGACAGCGAAGAAACUCGAACCAUCAUCUGUCAUUGACAAUUCCGGACAUUACGUGGAGCUUCGAUUUUUUGUGUCGGUGAGGCGUCGGGCCACCCUGUAUGUGGUGAACCUCCUGAUCCCCAGCUGCUUCCUCAUCACUGUGGACCUCUUCAGCUUCAUGUUGCCUCCCAAAAAUGUUGACCGGUCCUUGUUCAAGAUGACCCUCAUCCUGGGCUACACCGUCUUCCUGAUCAUCAUGAACAACCUGCUGCCCAUCACUGGAGAGACUAUCCCUCUCCUAAAUGUGUUCCUGUCUCUCUGCCUGGGUCUGAUGGUGGCCAGUCUACUGGAGACCAUCCUCAUCACCAACCUCAUUUGUGGCUCUGCUCACUACUCUCCAGUUCCCCGCUGGAUCAGAGUGCUUGUUCUUCAGAUCCUGGGAAAAUUAGUUUGCCUUCCUCCAAAGCCGAGAGUUAAAAAGGACACUGUGUUCCAAAAUCCCGCUGUACUAGAGAUUUUAGAAAUGAAAUUUGCCUCUCCGGUGGCAGAGGACAGCGAGGGUCCAGAGGAGAAGGGGCCGCUGAGUGAGGACGAGGCCCUGCAGGAGCUGGAGAACCUGAGCAACGACCUCCAGGCCAUCCGCCUCCAGGUGGAGCAGCAGCUGAAUGGCAGCCAGAGCUCAGAGGAGUGGAUCCAGGUGGGUUUCAUCAUAGACCGCCUGCUGUUUAUCCUCUACAUCCUCUUCGUAACAGUCAGCUUCAUGACCAUCAUCAUCAUCUGGGUGAUAUUCUACAACAACCCCUGAUAUGUCUCCUUUAUCAUUCAUUUUGCGUUUAAAAUAAUAUAUUACAUCACAUUUCUCCACUAAAUGAUCUCCUUUCACUCUUCAUUGAAUGCUUUGCUGUGUUAUGUAUUUUCUUUUAUUUAAAAUUAUCAUGUUUGAAGUUUUAUGUAGGGCACUAAAACCAAUAUCCCAAAGAUCCUAAAAAUCUCUUGCAAGUUCUUCUUUUUGAUCAAAAUUAGCAACUUAGAUCUGGGGAACCACUUCCCAAAAAGCAGCUUAAAUCUGAGUUGAAGAUAAAAAUCCAUCUUACAAACCUCCAUAGAUUUAGGCUAUGUUUUCCAGCUGCAUCUUAAGUGAAGAUAUUGUUAGAAAUUAGAAAUACUCAUAGAUGAAUGACAGCCUCCUAUACACUCAUUGGAGACUAAGAGGGACUUGAGAACCUCCAGAACCUGCAGUUGGAACCAAAAGCGUUUCAUUGGUUUUGUUCACUUGACUUCUGUAAGUGACCUUUGGAGUAAAAUGAGUUAAUUUACAAAAUGAUAUAAUAAAACUACACAAACUGA